UACGCCGGGGCGGCCGGCAAGAGCGCGCGUGUGAUGCGCUGCCGCUGACAUGGCCGGCACUCGGCCGCUCGUGGCCGCCUGGUUCUGCUGGUGGUGGCUGACGAACGCGGCCGCCACCGAGCUAGACCUGUUGGCCGCGCUGUCGCUGCACAACACGUCGCGAGCUGGCGUCACAGUCGUCCCUGGAAUGCAACCACCGCGUACCGCUUACACCCUACAAGGAGAUACAAGGUCGCUUCAGGUUGAGGGAGCCCCGUUCGAGCGCGCCGCCGAACUCCUGCGGCGCUCGCCCGAGUUCACACUGCUUGCAGCGCUGCGGCAAGAGCCUGCCAACUCGGGCACUAUACUAUCGUUUUCACAUGGCUUUAACAGGUACCUGGAGCUGCAGUCGAGCGGGCGGCGCGACGAGGUGCGGCUGCACUACGUGGCGGCGGGCGGCAGCGCGGCGCGCGUGGAGACGUUCCCGUUCCGCCUGGCGGACGGCGCCUGGCACCGCGUGGCGCUGGCCGUGUCGGGCGCGCAGGCCACGCUCUACGUCGACUGCCACCCGCUCUACCGCCGCCUCAUCCCGCCGCCCGACCGCAACUUCUCGCAGCCGCAGCUCGCGCUCUGGCUCGGACAGAGGAAUAGCAAGCAUUCCUUGUUCAAGGGCACGCUUCAAGAUGUAAGAUUAGUUAGUGGACCUCAUGGUUAUUUAGUCCAGUGUCCAGGCUUAGAUUCAGAAUGUCCGACGUGCGGACAAUUCGCAUUGCUACAGGCUACAGUUCAAGAAUUAACUUCGCAUAUUCAUGAUCUUUCAUUAAAGCUUGUUGGUACCGAAGCACGUUUGGCGCGAUUGGAGCAAUGUGAUUGUCAAAAAUCAUGUUAUUCCAAUGGCACCGUACAUGCAGACGGAGCCACUUGGCAAAAAGAUUGCAAUCGGUGCUCUUGCGUGCACGGAGAAAUAACGUGCAGGCCAGUGGAGUGCGAUAGAGCAGAAUGUAAAAACCCAGUAUUACACCCGGGCGAAUGCUGCCCGACAUGUUUAAGGCAAUGCCUCCUCAAAGGUACCCUUUACGAGCACGGGGAACGUUUCGCGCCCAAAGAGUGCGCGGAGUGCGUGUGCCACGACGGCAACAUGCAGUGCACGCGCGUGGACCCGGACACCGCGUGCCCGCCGCUGCCCUGCGACCCGCCCGACCAGUUCACCGUGCCGGGCGAGUGCUGCAAGUUCUGUCCAGGUGUGGACUAUUGUAGUAUGGGCCAUUCGUGUGAUGAAAACGCAACAUGUAUGAAUCUCAAUACGAAAUAUACUUGCAAGUGCAAUCAAGGCUUUCAAGGCGAUGGACUUUCUUGCGAAGACGUCGACGAGUGCCAGCAAGCGGGCGGUCUGUACGGGCACCACUGCCACUCGAACACGCGCUGCGUUAACGUGCUCGGGAGCUAUGUGUGCCAGUGCUUACCUGGUUAUACUAGACGGGACAAGUUUAAUUGUGUCGAGGUGGAUGAGUGUGCAAGUGAGACGCACGGCUGCCACGCGGACGCCGUGUGCGCCAACACGCCCGGCUCCUACACGUGCCAGUGCAAGGAGGGGUACACAGGGGACGGUUAUACUUGUACCCCGGUAUGCACAGGCGGUUGCCUGAACGGCGGUUCCUGUGCAUCCCCCGAGCGGUGCGCCUGUGCACGCGGCUUUACCGGCGCGCGCUGCGAGCGAGACGUCGACGAGUGCUCACUAGCGCACCCCGCAGUACGCGCGUGUGUGCCGCGCGCCGCGUGUGUGAACACGCCCGGCUCGUACUACUGCGUGUGUAGAGACGGCUACCGGCGAGACCCGCACCGCGACCACUGUGAAGAUGUUGACGAAUGCACAGAAGGCUUCCACACGUGCCACCCUCGGGCGCGUUGCGUGAACACUGACGGUGGAUUUAAAUGUGAAUGUGAAACAGAACCCUGUGAUUUAAGCUGCUCGUGGCAGGGCGCGCUGGUGGCGGACGGCGCGCGCUGGGCGGAGGCGGGCGGCUGCCGCGCGUGCCGCUGCCGGGCCGGUGUGGCGACUUGUGAGCGGGCACCCUGCGCCUGCGAUGUGGAUAACACUACUAUAUCCCUGGAGAGUACAGAGUCAAUUAGGGCUGCGCCGGCGGCGUGCUGCCCGCACUGCGAGGCGCGCUUCCACUGCCGCCACCAGGAGAUGCACCACGUCACCUUCCGCAGCGGCGAGCGCUGGCUCUACCAGUGCCAGAUCUGCGAGUGCCUUUUGGGCGAGGUGGACUGCUGGGAGCCGGAGUGCGAGGAGGGCGCGGGGUGCUGCGCGGGGGGCGCGGGGGCGGUGGGCGCGGGGGGCGCGGGGGGGGCCGCCCGCGACUGGCGCGCGCCGCACCGCCUGCAGCUCGCCGGCUGCGCGCCCCCGCACUGCCCCGCCUGCACUGGCGGGCAGUGCGCUACUUUGGUGAGCAAUCUCGCGUGUUGUGUGCAUCGCGCGCGGCGGUCGCUGACGGCGGCGCUGGCGCUGGCGGCGCUGUGGCUGGGCCGGGCGCCGCGGCCGCACCGCAAGCACCGCGGCGCGCGGCGCUAGAGCCGCCCUGACCGCGCCACGCACACCUUAUUUAUUCUAGAUAGCUCUAAUGUUAACCAAUUGUCGCGCCGAGUGAGCCGAGCGCCGACGCGUCGGGCGGCCGGCGCGGGCGCCCGCGGCCGCUAACUGUAAACCCUGUAAAUAAAUAUCGCACAGAGACCGCCCGUCGCCCGCGUCGCCGCCGCCCGUGUUGUAACAAAUUUUCGUAAUAUAUUAUAGUUUAUGUUUGUCUCUGUAUAAAGAUGAUCGUUUUCGUGAAUGAUUUAAAAGUAACCAAAAAUAGGUACCAAAUAUAGAAAAUAUAUAAUGACGGUUUCUUAAUUUCAUAAAGCAUUCUGAUGCUUGCAUGUUGUAUUGUGUUCAAAAAAUUACAAUUAAAAAGAUAUCCACAUAA